CAACAACAUAAAAGGCGGGCAUCAAAUUGUCCCUUUUUAUAUGAACCUCUUUCGGCCCUUUGCAGUGAAAAGUCGUUCUUCUGUGGCUAAGAGCAUGUCAAACUACACGGUUGCGUCGCUGAAGAGGGUGUCUGCGAAGACGCUUUCUGAGAAGAUUCUGGAGGAGCAGGAACAGGCAGAGCCAAGCUUUGCGGUGAUUGAUGUUCGCGAUGUUGACUACUUUGGCGGCCACAUCAAAGGCUCAACCAACAUCCCCUGCAACCAGCUCGACGCCCUCAUGCCCACCCUCAUCCGCAAAGUCAAGGACAAAAAGGCCGUCAUCUUCCACUGCGCGCUCAGCCAGCAGCGGGGGCCCUUUUCGGCGCUCAAGUACCUCCGCGAGAGGGACGCUCUGCUGACGUCGUUGGGCGAAGAGCCUGCCCUGGAGCAGGAGAUUUGUGUGCUGGAGCAGGGGUUUACGGGAUGGCAGGAGGUUUAUGGGGAGGAUGAGAGGCUGACGGAGGGGUUUCGGAAGGAGAUUUGGAGGUGAGGGGGUGUUUGAGCGGUGUUGUUGAUGAGGAGUUUUUGCUGCUGUCGAUGGUUAUCUAGAUGAUGGAGAUUAGGUUAAUACACGACGGGG